AUGCCUGCAGAAAAACGCACGUUGAGGUCCAACAGAUCAGACGCCGAGAAGGCUCGGUCGAACUCCCAAACUUCUGGUUCCAACAAAGAUAAACCUGCCCCUGCCACCCGUUCGUCCACCCGAAGCAAGGCGCCUCAGAAGCCCGGCUCUGAAAAUAGAACAACAAUGCCUGGCGACAAGUCGCAAACGAACGGCACUGAUCCAGUUGAGAACGGUGUACAUGAUCCAGAAGACGUCGAGAUGGGUGGCGAUGGCAUGAACGGCUCGAAACAGGACCAAGAUGGCGACGAAGAGAUGACCGUGAUAGUGCCACCGUCAAAAGCCUCCAAGCGUGCCGGAGGAUCUGACCAGAACUCUGGAGAUGUUGCAAUGGGCGGAACGGAAGACGAUGGCGCGAAAGACUCGGAAACGGUUGACCCCAAGGCAAAAGCACAGUUAGAUAUCAAGAACAAUUUUACACUUUUAGAGCGAGCUGUUGCACAUUUCGAUCCACGAUUCACCCUGCGAGUGCUUCGCGCGAUUUCGUCAAUGCGAAAACAACUGUCUGCCGAGUUACUCGCCCAAGUGGUCGUGGACACUUAUCAGCGUUCCGACUCCACGGCAUCAUUCUUGCUCAAGGCCUUGGAUCAGGAAGCUGCUUUUGAUACCAUGGUCGACGAAAGUUCAAUGAACGUGGAUAACGGAUCCAAGAGUCCGAAAUCGGGCAUUCCCAAAGAGAUUAUACCGGAGAUAGACGUUUAUCUCUCCAUUCUAGUCCAAAUCUAUCUGUAUGAUAGUAAACAGAUUCAGCACGGCAUAGAAUUUUCUAAUGCUCUUGUCGAAAAACUCCGAACCUUUAAUCGCCGAACCUUGGACGCUUUGGCAGCUCGCGUUUAUGUUUACUAUUCCCUCUUCUACGAACAAAUUGUUCCUCUUCCUCCGUCGCCAACCGCUGCAGUAAUCACAAUUCGGCAACCGCUACUAUCAGCGCUACGAACUGCUGUCCUCCGGAAAGAUGAAGAUACUCAGGCGACCGUUACCAACCUCCUCCUUCGAAACUACCUCUCAACCUCCCAUAUUUCCCAAGCCGAUCUAUUUAUAUCCCAUUCUGAAUUUCCUCAAGAUGCACCGAACAACCAAAUUGCGCGAUACCUCUACUAUCUUGGCCGCAUUCGAGCAAUCCAGUUGCGGUACACAGAGGCCCAUCAGCAUUUAACAAGCGCCACUCGAAAAUCCCCUUCAACCCAUAGUGCUGCUGGAUUUUACCAAGCUUCGAACAAACUUCUUACUGUUGUGGAGUUGCUGAUGGGUGACAUUCCGGAUCGCGCAAUUUUCCGCCAACCGGCUCUAGAACGGGCUAUGCACCCUUACCUUCUUCUCGUUCAGGCCGUUCACGUUGGUGAUUUGGAUGCAUUUGUCAAGGUUGUCCAGAACCACGGUGCUACGUUCCGGAAAGAUGGCACGUAUACUCUGAUACUUCGCCUUCGCCAAAAUGUUAUUAAGACGGGUAUCCGCAUGAUGUCGCUAUCAUAUUCGCGGAUUUCCCUCCGGGAUAUCUGCCUGCGGCUAGGUCUUGAUAGCGAGGAAUCUGCAGAGUAUAUUGUAGCCAAAGCUAUUCGCGACGGUGUCAUCGAAGCCACCAUAGAUCAUGAAAACGGAUACAUGAAGAGUAAGGAGAUUGGCGAUGUAUAUGCCACCCAAGAACCGGGAGAGGUGUUCCAUGAGCGCAUCCAGGCCUGUUUGAAUCUCCACGAUGAAAGUGUUAAGGCCAUGAGGUUCCCAAUGAACCAGCAUCGCUUGGAGUUGAAGAAUGCCCAGGAGGCCCGCGAACGCGAACGCGAACUGGCCAAGGAGAUCGCCGAGGGGGACAUGGACGAUGAUGACGCUGGUGGAGAGUUCGAUGGCAUUUAG